GCGCGCGUGACCCCAGGCUGGGGGCCGGAAGCCGGGGGCGAAGGGAGGGCGGAAUGGGAGCGCCCGCGGCCCAGGUCCUCCUGGGGGUGGCGUGCGAGACUCUCCCUUCCUCCUUCCUCCGUCGACUCUGCCUCACGGCGUGUGAGGCUCCGCGCGUGGCCUCGAGUCUGGUCGGCUGCCCCGCGCCACCCAGCGCAUCCCUGCGGGACCCGGAUCCGGGUCCUUCAUUGCGAACUGCCGGGAGGGCCCAGAGUGGCCGAUGCAUUCAGAACGAGUCGGCGCGGACAUGCACAUUUCAACGAGCCGGGGAUUCCUGCGAGGCCGAGCCGGGAGAAAUGCCUGGAACGCGGGCUUGGGCCCGAGGGUCUCUCCGGGAAGCGGCUGGCUGCGCAGGCCGAAGCGCCUCUCAGACACUGCCCGUCCCGGGCUGUCGGGCGCGGGAGAGGCCAGGGAGCGACGCGGGCCCAAAAGUCGUGCGUGCGGGCGGCGAGGGGGCGCUGUGGCCCGCGGCUGCGGCCUCGUCCCUGCAGCGGUGGCCCCGGUGCUGUCCCCGACCACCGAUCGGCGGUGGGCGCCCUAGCCCCGCCCGACCUCUCUCUUCCCACGUCGGUUUAAUUUGGGGAAGAAGGAAAAUUAUGCAGGAGCACUCUAAUAAAACCAAAGCCACGCAGGGACUUAUUCUGUCUUAUUACUCUGGCAAUCGGCCGAGUUUUUCUAAGUUUGGUGGGAAAAGAGCCACAAUUUUGGAAUGCUUAAUUUUUAUGGGGGGUCCAUUAAGAUUAAAUAUACACAUUUUACAUGGAUUCCCCUUAAUGCAGUAA